UUCUUUCCCUUCGCUGGGUAAGGUUAGCUGUGAAGAAAUUCCCAAAUGUAUUUAAACAACCGUUCAACCCUCGAUUGUUAUUUGAAUUCCGUCAAGAAAAGAACUAUACGAAGGAGAAAAUUUCAUAAAUUUAAACGACAUAUUAUAUAGUAUUUGWUAGAAAAAGGUUCAAGUUUGAAUCCCACCAUGCCUAAAGGAAACCGAGAAGGAAAGGGCAAACGCUCGGAUCGACAAGCCAAACACGGCAAAAGAAAAGCCUCGCCUAAAAGAAUGGAAGACGGGCUGGCAGUUGAAGACGAUGAAGUUAUGAGCACAACAAGUCAAACUAGUGUAGAUACGCGAAGCGGAGAUGAUUUCGCUAACGAGGGAGCUGAUGAUAGCUUUGAAGAGAUCGAAGUAAAUUCAGAGCAAAUGCUGGACGAUCAUCUUGAUGGAGCAACUCAGAAGAGUGUCAGAGGAAGACAGUCAUCAUUGAUAUCCCUCCAAAAAGCUUUAAAGUCCAAGCUACUCUAUGAAUUUGUCUUUAACAGGAAAGAUACACUUAGAGAUUGUGUUGAGAGAUGCCUGAAAAGAGGUCAAAAUGAAGACAAAGUUCUUGGUUCACAUCUGGCUUCAUUAGUGUGCAUUCAGCUUGGUGCAGGAACAGACAGCGAGAAUUUCUUCAGAGCACUAAAACCACUCUUCAUGUCAGUCAUCCAGGAUCCUACUGUCCAUGCCAAUGCUAGAGGAAGUUGUUGUAGUGCACUUGGCCUUUGCUGUCUUAUUGCAUCAGAAAAUGAAGAUGAUUUACAGGACUGUGCAAGAAUCUAUGAAGGUGUCUUUGAUAAUAACAAGACCAUUACACAAGCWCUGGUUCCCUUGUACUAUAAUGCUUUGCUGUCAUGGGCAUUACUCUUGACUAUUAUUCCUAAUUCAUAUUCCCGUAUCUGCAAAUUUCUCAAGAGAAUCAUUGGCAUAUUAGAAAGCAGUGACAUUACUGUUAGAAUUGCCGCUGGAGAGGUGCUGGCAGUAAUGUAUGAAAUGGCACGCGAGACAAAUGAAGAUUUCCAAGGAGAUGAGAAUGGACUAUGUAACCUGUUAAAGGAUCUGGCUACAGACAGUGAUAAACACAAAGCCAAGAAAGAUCUCCGCCAACAGAGAUCAAGCUUUAGAGAUGUUAUGAGAGCCAUUGAGGAUGGUAGUGCUCCAGAGGAGGUUAUUAAGUUUGGCAGUGAAUACCUUGAGGUGUAUUCCUGGGCCAAGAGAAGGCAGUACAAUGCAUUUAAGGACUGUUUAGGAACUGGAAUUAACAUUCACUUGCAGGGGAAUGAUUUGCUUCGAGAUAUAUUUGAACUUGGUCCUCCUGUGAAUGUUGAAGACGUAAAGAUGCAGAAAGCCAGCAAAUUUGAAAGGCAAAUGCACAACAGUGCCAUGUCCAAAGCAAGGACUUUGACAAGAGGAAAAAACAGAGACAAGCGCAAUGUCAGUGCCUAUUGAAAUAAUUCUUUACAAAGCUGCCAGAGCACAYACUACCCACAGCCAAUCUACAACCCUUGUCUUAUUUCCUGGCAUUCUUCAAAGCUCAAGGUUUAAAAUAUAAUAUUAAGAAUCUAUUUAAAACUAAUUGGAAUUAUUUUUAUUGGAAUGAAAAUAUUGCGGACAAUUAGAAUAAGAUUUUUUUCAGAUAUUAAUAUACAUGUAGCUGGUAAAUGCUUCCUGUAGAGAAUUCAUUGUCCAUGUACAUAGUUUUCAUUAAGUUUAUUUUCAGCAAAUUAGCGUUGCACAUAUAAAAUGCAUUGUCUUGGCAGUUUCAGAUAAUAUUGAUAAUGAUUUUAAUUGAAUAAUUAAUAAUUCAGAAAAAUUAAUAAUUCGAACAUUAUAUAUAUGAUAUC